ACAUAUUGAUGGUAGUGAUGGCCGAAGACGCUGAUCGCAGCGCAGUAUUCGAUGAAAUCCGAAACUUUUCUCAAAGAAAGCUCAAGAAAGUCGAGACUAAAGUGACCUCCGGUUCCGGUGAAGUGAUCACCGAGAAAAGGGGGGCUAAAGGGGUCCAGACAAUCAAACACGAGGGCAUCAAAGGGGCCGGUUAUGUGGUCGACAAUAAACCUGAUCUUCAGGUCGGACUCAUUAUUCCCGGACUUAUGAUAUGUAAGACUUUUAGACACGAGUCGCCUGUUGUUGAGGACCACUUCCAGCCCUUCUGUGGACCCCCAACACAAGUCCUCUUCGGUGCACUCUUUGUGUGCCAUUUGUGUCAAAUGGUGCCAAACUGUGUCCUCUUCUCACCACACGGACAGUCAUCUCCUGUGACCCCCUAUUCUCAGCCAAACCCU